CCGGGCGGGUCCUUCCGACGGCCCUCGCUGUGAUUCCAUCAUUCGGCUUUCUUCCCGGCCUCCUUCGCGCUAGGGCCGGGCUGGGCCAGAGCAGCCCAAGAUGGCCGACUUCGAGGAUCGGGUGUCGGAUGAGGAGAAGGUACGCAUAGCUGCUAAAUUUAUCACUCAUGCACCCCCAGGGGAAUUCAAUGAAGUGUUCAAUGAUGUCCGGCUACUACUUAAUAAUGAUAAUCUUCUCAGGGAAGGGGCGGCACAUGCGUUUGCCCAGUAUAACAUGGAUCAGUUCACGCCUGUGAAGAUAGAGGGAUAUGAAGAUCAGGUCUUAAUUACAGAACACGGUGACCUGGGUAAUAGCAGAUUUUUAGAUCCAAGAAACAAAAUUUCCUUUAAGUUUGAUCACUUACGGAAAGAAGCAAGUGACCCCCAGCCAGAAGAAGUAGACGGAGGUCUGAAGUCUUGGAGAGAAUCCUGUGACAGUGCUUUAAGGGCCUAUGUGAAAGAUCAUUAUUCCAACGGCUUCUGUACUGUUUAUGCUAAAACUAUAGAUGGACAACAGACCAUUAUUGCAUGUAUUGAAAGCCACCAGUUUCAGCCUAAAAACUUCUGGAAUGGUCGCUGGAGAUCAGAAUGGAAGUUCACCAUCACACCACCUACAGCCCAGGUCGUUGGAGUACUUAAGAUUCAGGUUCACUAUUAUGAAGAUGGCAAUGUUCAGCUGGUUAGUCAUAAAGACGUACAGGAUGCAGUAACUGUUUCAAAUGAAGCCCAGACUGCCAAGGAGUUUAUUAAAAUCAUAGAGCAUGCAGAAAAUGAGUAUCAGACAGCAAUUAGUGAAAACUAUCAAACAAUGUCAGACACCACAUUCAAAGCCUUGCGCCGGCAACUUCCUGUUACCCGCACCAAAGUCGACUGGAACAAGAUACUCAGCUACAAGAUUGGCAAAGAAAUGCAGAAUGCUUAAAGGCUGAAUGUAGGAUUCUUCAGUACAUGGAAAGAAAGGAUUCAACGUAUGGUCAUAUGAUAAAUAAGUGAUUUAUAAACAAGAGUGAUAUUUUGCUAGGGCUUUCAAAGUUAACAGGUUUUCUAGCCUAAUGGAAUACUGUUGAACCUAGAGCAUUGUCUUGAUUCUUUUGUGUUUUCUGCCUUGUAAUUUUGUUUUCACUAUAUCUACUUGUAAAUCUUUUUUUUUUUUUAAUUCUGCCACAUUUAAUUAUGGAGAGAGAUAUCUACCCUGGAGUUAUUUUACUGUUUAGAAAAUUUUCCUAGCCAUGAAGCCCUGUUACUGACAUAGACAGGUAAUAUAUUCAGUACUUUUCUACCCCAUCCUUCAAAGUACUUCUGGUGUUCAGUGGUUUUUACUGGUUGACCAACAGCUAAAGAGGCUAUGCUGCAAACUGUAGCUGAAUGGAAGACACAUUCAUCCUUCUCCCUCCAGUUGCUUUGAUCAUCAUUUAUAACAUCUAAUAACUGUAGUUUCAUAUGUUUGGAUUGGGGCUUUUCAGGUCCAUUUUGGAGGCCAAGGAAGUUUUCUGGAAAUUCCAUCAUAGCCAGCUUCUCUGGGGAAGUUGUUUUUAAAUCCAAAGACUUGAACCACAUUCCCUACAUGAACAUGUUUGCUUUUUUUCCCCUUCCCUCAUUGUCUCCUUUCCACCUAGUACCAUUAUAGUUAUAGACAUGUGCAUUUUUAGAAGAGUGUUAUCCAUUUUUAUUACUGUUUUUUUAAUAUUCGAAAACUGCUGACAUACUAGGGGUAUAGUAGAGUAUAAAACUUGAAGAAAUGCAGAUGUUGAAGGAAUAAUAGGUAUCUUGUGCUUUAAUACUUUGUGGCAGGAUUGUACUAUAAUCGAAUGAAUCAAACGGCUAUGUUCAUCACAAACAAAAAACUAAAAAUGAACCAAAGUGAAAAGGAUAAGUUUCAGGCAGUAUCUUUCUAUUGUAACCUGUUAUUUAAGGGAAUACUAGUGAUCUGUUCUAAAUAGGAUGUAAAACUUACUCCAAAUUACUCUUCCUCAGUCCUGCCUGCCAACUCAAAUAUAACUGUGAUAUAGCAACCCUUCCCAGGUUCAUUGGCAGGUACAGGUGUGAUCUCAGAAUACACAGGUGACAUAGAUAUGAUAUGACAACUGGUAAUGGUGGAUUCAUUUACACUGUUUACACUUCUACGACCAGGCCUUAAGGGAAGGUCAGUUUUUUAAAAACCAAGUAGUGUCUUCCUCCAAAUACACGUCAAAAAAGAAGGGUGUUUGUGUUUCGGCUUUGUUUUUGCUGAGUAAUACAGUCAAGCAAGAGUUUAUUUUUAAGUGACCCAUUGAUUUGUGUAAGCGUUUUUGUUUAUUUCAAAUAAAAUAUAUUUGUAUUACUUGUCAUUCAUACUAUCCAUCCAUACUACACUAUCCUCUGUAUCAGGUAGUCCAGUAGAAAUACACCUGUUUUGUUCUUAAA